GAGGGAAUGUAGUAGCAUAAACUUACAAAGAAGCUAUUCGGAAAACGACCCAGAAUCUGUAAACCAUUUAUGCAAACUGUAGGAAAAUUCGUGUACUUUCCUCAUUUUAAUAAAUAAUUCCUUGAGAAAAGGUCCCUCUUGAAAGAAAUAUGCGUAUUAUCACUUUCCAGGAGGUUUCAGAUCAACGUUCUGUUCUAUUUCACUGUUUCAACUAUAUUAGCAAGAACCCAUAUAAGAGCUGAUAAGAAAGGAGAAGAAGUGGAUUUAUGCAAGAGAAGAUCUUCUGCUUUUGUGGUUUUUUGGGAAUUUGGAAGCAUUUCUUGUAUCCCCCUAUUUGGGUAACAGGAUUUAAGUAAAAGCCUGGAAUUUGGACAAUAGACGGAGUUAACAUUGUCUUUGUGCUGUAUUUGAAAGAAUUUUGGUGGGGUUUUGAGGAUGAUGAUAUGUUAUCCUGGUCUUACGAAGUUGAAAAUGAAGCCAAUUGUGUAUCAGAAUGUGCUUUCAGCUAGCGAUUCAGGUACGCUCGAACAACUGAAAGAGCUGAGCUCAAAGCGUAAAGCAAUUGAGGAGACCUUCAAUCAAACUAGCUAUGUUACAGAUGCAAUUGCAAGGGAAAUAUCUGGAGGCCUCACAUCACAUUGUGAACAGGACAUUCAGAAACUGGAACACUAUUUGCCUUUGUUGGAGAACCUGGUUCGCCAUGUCAACAUGAAAGGCAAGAACCACCAAAUGAUUUGCUGGAUUUCAAACCUUCGAAUAAGAUGGAGCAGUGUGCUUAAUUCUUCAUCUAUCUUUCAUAUCAAAGGUCCAAAGUUCUAUCAGGUUAACAAUAUAUACUUCGAGCUUGGAAUGAUCCUUUUUCUUUACGGUUCAAUGCUUCGUGAGCAGGCUUUGGAAGUUUUAUCAUCAGAUCUUGUGCAAUCUGCCACACUUUUCAGAAAAGCUGCUGGAGUGUACAACUAUUUAGCCCAGGAGGUUCUUAUUUAUUUAACUCAGGCCGAAGAUAGGCCUCCAGAAGCUACAUGUCGCAUGUCGUUUAUUCUGAGCUUCAUUUGCUUGGCAGAAGCCCAGGCUGUAACUGCAAGGAAGGCUGAAGAAAGCGGCAAAACUGCCGGACUUUUAGCAAAAUUGCACUAUGGAGUUACAGAGUUUGUGAUUGAAGCUAUUGAUGUGUUGCAAGUCACAACAAAAGAAUGCAAAGAUAUCUCAUCUCGCCUUCUGGAUUAUAUUUUGAGCUGCAAGAAACUACACGAGUUGAAGUGUUACAAAUACACUGCGGAAGGCCUGAAAAACGAAGGCAAAAUUGGAGUUGCGGUUGGAGUUCUUCGUCGAGCAUUGGCAAAUGCUAAGAAAAGCAUGCCAAAAGAAGAGUCAUGGAGAUCAGUCUUCAAAGAGGUGGUAGAUGAUGUGAGAGUUCAGCUCAGGAAAUACGAGCAUGAAAACGAGUUCAUAUGGCGUGCAAAGGUCCCUCGUACCGACCAACUUCCCUUACCUCAAGCUGUAAAAAUUGUUACUCUCAUACCUUAUCAACCCCAAAAAUGGGAAAGAUCACUUGUUUUCAAACUGUAAGUGUGCAAAACCUGUAUAGUUCAUAGUUCCUUGUGUGGAAAAAGCUGGGAUCAACCUCUGUGCCCUUCUCCUCACCAAGUAAACAUCUAUACUAUUUAAUAAAAGUAC